AUGAUGGGUUCUCAGCAGAGUUUUGGAGACUUUGCGAACAGCCUUUCAUUCUAUGGAGGCACGCAACAGCAGGAGAAGAAGGGCUAUGCAAUGGUAUCACUAGAUGGAACCCCAUUACGUAGCCCUUCCGCAGGUGGAAAGCCUGCCGUGCCAGGGUUCCUCGGCAACAUCUUGAGCACAAAAGCUGUAGGAGCUUCAUCCAACGAAGUGCCCACCGAUGGUGGACUCUGGGGAAUCCCGGGGAGGAUUCCAAGCGGAUCUAUGAAGGCUCCGCCGCGCUCACAAGAGCCUAACGGCCUCCUACAAUCCGGCCUAUCUGCAGUAAAAGAUGGAGCAUCUCGGGUUCUGGAUGGCGCCAGUUCAGUUGUCAAUGCAACUCGAGCCACCAUUGCUGACAACCCCCUGUCUUCGCAGAAUAUGCUGAUGUUCGGAGUCGUGGCGGCCGUCGGCGUGUUGUUUAUGUUCCUGGCCUUCCUUACCCUCCCUCUCCUCGUCUUCGCCCCCUCAAAGUUUGCUCUGCUCUUCACGAUGGGCUCUCUUUGCUUUCUUUCGGCCUUGGCACUCUUACGUGGUGUAGUUGCUUUAUUUCGACACCUAGUUGAGCCCACACGGCUGCCGUUCACAGCGGUUUACUUCUCGUCUCUAUUUCUAACGCUAUAUGCCACCUUAGUGGCGAAGUCAUAUGUGCUCACCCUCGUGUUUUCGGUCCUGCAGUUAUGUGGGCUGGCCUCUUUCUUGGUGUCAUACAUCCCAGGCGGUUCCCACAUGCUCAAGUUCAUGGGGCAAGCCGCAUGGCAAGUCCUGCGGAAGGCAUUCAAGUGCGGGGGAUCUCGGGACUUGCAGCUUCCAAUAUAG